GGUCGAAAACUACUUAUAGAUUUUGGUAGGUGGUAUUUUCAAGAUUUAAAACUCAUAUUUUUGUUGAAUAAUACCAGAAAAAAAAGAAGAAUCAUAUCAUAUACCUCCAAACUUGAAAGUCUAUAUCUAUUUUCUGAUCUCAACUCAAAAGAGAAAUCAGAAAAUUAAGAAGAAAAAUGGGUGUUCUUGAUCACGUCUCUGAAUACUUCGAUUGCUCCAGUGGCGACUCCAAGAGACACAGAAGUCUACAGACGGUGGACGUGAGGGUUUUGAUAGAUUGCGAAGGAUGCGAGAGGAAAGUGAGAAGAGCGUUAGAAGGAAUGAAUGGAGUGAGAGAUGUAGCGAUCGAGCCUAAUGCUCAGAAAGUUACAGUGGUUGGUUACGUUGAGCCUAACAAAGUGGUGGCUCGGAUCAUUCACAGGACCGGCAAAAGAGCCGAGCUAUACCCUUACGUUCCUUACGACGUUGUCGCUCAUCCUUAUGCCUCUGGUGUCUACGAUAAUAGAGCUCCUGUUGGGUACGUUAGGAACACCGAGUAUGAUCCACAUGUGUCGCGGCUCGCACGUGCUAGCUCCACCGAGGUACGUUAUACUACGGCGUUUAGCGACGAGAACGCCUCAGGUUGUGGGGUUAUGUGAUUUUGUUUUGUUUGUGUUGAUGUGUUCCCGAGAAUUGUAUUUUGUUUGUUGGUUUGUUCAUGUUGGUAUGCAAUGUUUUAAGAGAGAAGGCCAAGAAAAGAAUGUAAAUUACAUGUUAAAAUGGUUAUGCAUGUUUCGUUUGAUCU